ACUCAGAGUCUAGUCCUGACCACGGACGAUAAGCCUAUGAGCCGAUCUAAUAACAAGAGGGGAAAGGUAAAUACAUCUUCCUACUACAACGUUAACCCAUAGCCAUGGAGGUCUCUUACAGCUUUUCACUUCUUCCCCGAGACAUCCUUUUCCAGAUUCUGGUUCGACUCGGCGCUAAAUCAAGGGGGAAGCUGAGCUGCGUUUCUAAAUCUUUCCGUUCCAUAUUGACCGAUCCAAGUUUCGCCGAGUUUCAACGAAAUUUGUCUGCGGCUCUUAACCACGGCACAACCAUUCUCUUCUCCAUUCAGUCUAAGAUUAUGACGGGUUAUCACGACUCAACCGGGCCCCUCAUGCUCGACUCCGGGCGAGAGCAGUUUUACACCUUAAAUUAUGAAGAAAAUCAGGCCGGAGAGAUCCUUCGAGCAAAAAUUGUUAGGCCUACGGGCAAAGGAUGGUUCCAAUAUGGCAGAUCUAUGUCUUUUGCCAAAGAUCAAAUAUGUUUCUUCAAUAAGCAUUCCGAAUUGAUUGUUUUUAACCUUAUCACAGGAAAACAUACUACUCUCCCGACAACUCCGUCCAGCAGCGCACGUUCUUGUGCGCUGUUGGGUUACGACGGGGUUUCGGGAACAUACAAGGUUUUGAAAGCGGAAGCGAACCUUAACUUGAGGACAAUGAACUGCUGGGUGCUCACACUGGGCGUGGACGAAACGUGGCGGGAUAUUGUCAGCCCUGUAUUCUUUCACCUUAGUAGACGUUUCACGAAUAGUGUUUGCAUUAAAGGUGUGAUCUAUUUCUACAAUGAGCUGCUUUGUUGUUCUGGCAAGUGGGAGUAUCUGUUUGGCAGCGGAUGCUCCGAGCUGGUGGCAUUCGAUGUUAGGUCUGAGAGUUUCCACCAGAUUUCUCUUCCUCCGGCAACAUUCACAUAUUUCGGAAAAGCCUCGUGGGUAGAAUUGGACGGGCGGUUUGCUUUCAUGUAUGUCAACUGGAACAAGCAGGUUAUUGCUUGGAGCUUGGAGACAUCUUCCUGGAGGAAGUAUGCUUUCCCCAUCCCAUUAGAGGAAGGGAUUCUGGAGGGAGACAAGACUUUUAUUACUGCUACUCCAACUGGGGAAAUCGCAUUGCUGAUCCUGAAAGGAACACUUUCUCUUUGGGUUUUGUCUGAUAAGUUCGGGGCAGAUCCUGUUUGGAAGGAAUUUCGAGUUAGGGGGCUUGCUGACUUUACUACCGGUAUUCGCAAAACAUCCGAAGUUGUCGUUGCUCAAAACAUUGGUGGGAAUCUGUUGCACUUGGAAUGAUCUUGCCGGCAAUGAUAUACUGGUCCGGUCUUCCUCUCCACCUUUCCAUUUCAUUUCAUCACUAUCAUCCCUUACCAUUGUCUCAAUCUCUCGUUUACUUCUUUAGUUCCUUCUACUUAGCUAUUUAAUUAGAUAGUAAAUUCAUUGUUAGUGUUACUAUAUUAUUAGCUUGGGGUAUUGUCACUCAUGCUAAAACCCCAUAAACUCUUUUACUUACUUUGAGUCAUUCAACUAAACAAGAAAUUAUUUGAAUAUUUUUUCUUUAAUUUGUGACUGCAUUUAUAUGGUACAAAAACAUUGAGUAAUACAUAACCUGGAUGUAGGAAUUUUUAAUAUUAGGCAAUAGGCAGAACUCUUCCAUUCGGCAAGAUAAUAUAAUCAGUGUUAUAAAAAACGCAAGACGUGUCAAGGCGCGACCAAGUCUUAACUCUUAAACCAUCGAAGCCUAGGCGAGUUUACGGGUUAUUUGGUUUUUCUAGAACUAUUAGUUACUCCCUCCGUCCCGCUAAGAUUGUGCCAGACAAUCUUAAUCUCUUAAUGUAUAUAUCAAAUUUUUAUCAAAUUUGAUUCUGGUUUUUGUGACUUUGUAAAGCUUUUAAUGUAGUUUCUGAAUAUGUAAAAAACAAUUCCUAAAUUUGUUUUUAGUGCGGACAAGGAUCUGUUUGCGUUAUCGUCAAUCAAACAUCGUAAAUCAAAUUGUCCCAAACAACUAAUGUAUGUUUAUACCAACACUUUUUACCUGUGCACAUAUAGCUAAUGUUUGUGCAGUGCAACGAGCUUCUUCCGGUUUGAAACUUCGAAUCCAGUAGUGUUCGUCUAAAGUGUCUUCUUCUUUGGUUGUCCUAGGAACACACUAAAAACCCUGGGGUCAAGAUAUACUGAAGUUCCAUGGGAAGCAAUCAAGCAAUUAGCAAAACUUUGGCUCGGUAGUCAUACACUUAUUGACCAGAGAGAUUUUUUAGAGAGAAAGAAGCAGCGAUGGAUUUAGGGGGGCGGGGGCCACUUAGGUUGGGGUGUGACUGCCCUCUUUGGACUUUCAAAAUUUUCUAUUAUAUGUAUAAUAUUUUCCUAAAAUUUUCAUGCUUAAAAUUAGAUAUAUAUUUGUUCGCCCCUCUUAACUUUUAGUUUUAAAAAUUAAUAUAUAGACGUACUUAAUAUAAUACGGAGUAUUUAUUAUAAAUGUUUGUUGACAUUAAAUUAUAAUUCAAUUACUUCUUACUUUCUAAGAACACUUUUU